AUGGCUUGGCGUGUAACUAAAAGAAUCCAAGCUUCAUAUAAGGCAACAGGCAAUGACUAUUCUUAUUUAAAAAUUGGUGUGAGGAAUCUUAUCGUUACAAAUAUUGUUGGUGCCUAUCGACAUCCAAAAAAGCUGGCAAUUGAACGACUUUAUUUGUAUCUUCGGCAACGACAAAAUAUAACUUGUUAUUAUGAACCAACAAUAUUCCCAGCACUUCGUUUUAAAAUAAAAAUAGAAGCGAGGGAUGGAGAAGUUUCCUGUCUUUGUUAUAUUUCAGGACGUGUAAUACUGACUGGAUUAAAAUCUCAAAAAGAAAUGGAACCUAUUUUUGAAAAUGAUAUAUUACCAUUGCUUGAAAAAUUUCCACGAUUAUAA